CACCUCAAACAUGCUCCUCACAGGCGGGGAGUGUUAGCCUGCGUCAGUCCUCCUCCUCCGGACUUUGGAGAAAGCGGGAGAGCAGAGAGUCAGCAGCGCCAGAGCAGUGCGCCUCUCCAGGGGGAAGUGAAGCAGUUUUUACCAGCGACUCUGAUCGGAUAUCCCUCUGUGUAUUCACCCGUGACCAGUGGGUCUGCGAGGCUCUCCUGCAACCAUGGGGGACGUUGUUUCCGCUCACCUGGAUGAGAGCAGAAAGCAGAUGAUUACAGAUAGGACCAGAGGUGUGAUGAAAGAGUUCAGUGAUGUGUACGAGCAGCAGUAUGCGGUCGCUCUUUUCAACAGUGUGCGCUUUGAGAUAGAAGGAGGAAGAGGAACACAGUCUCAGCUGCUUCACAGAAAGGACCCUCUGGCAGGCCGAUCCAUCUUCUCCGGGAAUCUGUUUCAACAUCUGGAGGAGAAUCGCAAGUUCAGGAAUCGCUUUGUAUCUGUACCAAACAGCUACAAAAUCAGCCUCUAUGAGAGCAAAGCUGCACAUGAUCGAGGCCUCCACCCGAAAACAACCAUAAACUGUGCUGGGUACAAGGCCCUGGACUCUAUGGAAGAAUACAUGGAGCUGAUUAAUAACAGCCUACCAGGUAUCAAGGCCAAAGUGGGCAGCCAUCCAUUUAUUAAGAGUGCCACCCAGUUCCCCCUCAUUCUCUGGCACCCGUACGCCCGCCACUACUACUUCUGUGUGAUGACGGAGAAGGAGCAGACAAAGUGGCACGCUGUGCUGCAGGACUGCGUCCGACACAGUAACAACGGACUGCCAGAGGAGUCCACGGUUCAGACACCAGCCUUCACUGACACUGUGAGACUUUACAGACAAGCCAAGGGACACUAUGGAACCUGGGAUAUGAUGUGUGGAGAGCCCCCACAGAUUCUUGCUAACCUUGUGAUGGAGACCCUCCAUCCAGAGCUGAGAAACGUGAUUGGUCCUCGCCUCAAGGGGAAGAUGCAGCAGAGGCAGAGGAACUGGAUGUUGAUCUCUGAUGCAGUGUACAGGCAGGUCUUAACUCAGACCACCGGCCGGUAUGAUGCAAUGGUUGAUACCUGUGAGUCCCAGAGGUUUCAACUGGACGCCAGACUGCGAACCGAUAUGGACCAGAUCAUCACGUCUAAAGAACAUGUCAGCAACAAGAUCCGAGCUCUGGUGUUGCCCAAAGCAGAGAAAACCCUACGGUCAAAUGUCCAGCCCUACAUCAGCUCCAUCUUGGAGGCCCUGAUGGACCCCACCAGCCGAGGUUUCUCCGAGGUCCGGGAUGUUUUCUUCAGGGAGCUGGUGGAGAUCAGCAAGAACUCGAUAAACGGAGGGGACAAAGAGAAACUUGGAGAUCACAUGGAGAGGCUGUCCAUGCUCGCCUUCCACCCGGUGAAGAUGCAAAGCUGCUAUGAAAAUAUGGAGCAGCUCAAUCUGGAGGGGCUGCAGCAGAGAUUCGAUGUCUCCAACCCCUCUGUGUUUGUCAGCAGGGCUCAGAUCAUCAUGAGGGAGCAAAUGGACAACGCAGUGUACACCUUUGAGCAACUGCUGAAUCAGUCUUUGGAGGCUCAGGGGGAUGAUGACAUGUGCAAGACCAUCCAGCGAUGCCAAGAGAGAGUUCUCAAGAAAUACGAUUAUGACAGCAGCACAGUGAGAAAGAAGUUCUUCAGAGAGGCUCUCCUGCAGAUCAUCAUCCCGUACAUGCUGCAGCAGCUGUCACCAUCCUUCUCAUCUGAGCUGCCUCGCUUUAAAGAGCUCAUCUUUGAGGACUUCUCCCGUUUCCUGCUGGUUGAAAACAUGUUCGAGGAGGUGGUGCUGCAGUCUGUCUCUAAGGACAUUAUGAUGGCUGUGAAGGAGGCCGCUGUCCAGAGGAGACACAACCUCUACAGGGACAGCAUCAUUCUGAGCAACAGCGACCCCAACAUGGUCCUCCUCGGAGAAGACUCUCAGGUGGACUGGGCCGCCAAAUUUGGGGUUGAUGAGAUAGAGGGACCUGAAGGUGGUGGUAAGAUUGACGGAGGAGGCUCUGUGAGCAGACGCAGGCAGGUGGUGUCCAUGAUCCAGCUGGAUGGGGUUCCUCUAGCCUACGAGUCCUGCCUGGAGGUCCCAGGGGUGGAUCUUAUCCCAGAAGAGGAUGCUGAUGUGUCUGAGGCCAAAGAGGAUGAUGAGGAUGAGAAGGAGGAGGAGGAGGGGGAAGAGGAGGAGGAAGAGGAGGAUGUCUUCGGCCCACUUGAUGAUCCCAAGUCUCCAGACAGCGUGAACGAGAUCAGAGACCUGAUCAACCCGGUGGUGGAGAUGGUGGUUCCUGUUCCCGAGUCAGAGGAGAACGUGAGCGAAGAGGCCGACGGGACCGAGCCGACCAUCAGCACCAUCACCAUGGAGGACGGGGUGCAGGAGGACGUGACACACGUGACCACCGUAGUGGAGGACGUCCCCAGGAAGUCCCCGCGCGACAAGUCGUCCACGCAGUCACUUCUCCAGCAUCUGAAAGGAAGCACGAAGAAGAAAGCCGAUCCGGAGCAUCAGGAGGAAACGGCCAUCGAGAACGCCAUCGAGGAAAUAGAGACGGCGGCGCAGGAAGACGACAGUGAAGGGAGUGAGUCGUCGCCGAAGCCAGUGUCAGCAACGGACUUGAGCUCACACGGCGACAGCGGCUUCCAGUCACCAACCAAUGAGGGUCUGGAUGAAGGUGAGCCUCAGCCACUCACUAACGGUCUGAACAGAGAGGACAAAAUCAUCGACCCAGUAGAAGUGGAGGUGAUGGUAGCGUAGGAAGACGAUCCUCUGAACAGAACUCUGAAACAGCAGGAGGAUAUGUAAAAAACAGCAGAGGGUGCGUCCCAUGUAGUGGGAGAGAAGUGGAAUGGAUAAGGACUUUAUUUAAGUGUUGCCUUCUCUUUAUUGUUGUUCAUAUUGCACACUCUAACCACCUUUACUAGACUAUUUUUGUGGUGAUAGGUUUCUCUAUAUGCAAGUUAUUCAAUCUUAAAGAAAGCUUCUCUCUGAUGUUGUAUGUCACUGUAUUCAACUUAUCACUUCACUGCUUUGUCACAAGGAUCCGGGGAUUUAAAGUCAUAAUCACAUUUUUUUUAAGUUAUUCAUGUUUUAAUUGUAUUGUAUUAUGUUUACAUAAGCUCCGUCUGUAAACAUAAACAACAAAAAACAAGGCCUUUAUUUUGAAAUGAUUUCUCACAUCAACACAGUUGAAUAAAUGACGGAUUGUGCCUUUAACUUUACUACAGGUGAAUGCAUUCCUCUUCCUGAGCAGCAGGGGGCGCUACAGUCAACCUUUAAAUGUUGCAUGGGGAGAUGCAUCGCUCAUUUUCACAUUUAUUUUUUAGAAAUACUGGUUUCUAUUUUUGUAAUUUUAAAGAUAUGAAGUGUGUUGACCUAAUACUUUUCUGUACAAGUGGCCUUUAUGUUUCAAAACUACAUACUCAACCUGACAGGAAUCUUUUAUACUUUCAUUGUGAUCUGAUCAUUGAGCUCACUUCACUCACUACCAUGCAAAAAAAUAAAAUGAAAUUACACUUUUUUUCCACUCUUUACCUGUGGGUCAAAGGUCAAGAUCUGCAAUCAACCAGAGUUUAACUUGAGGAUGUUGAUGAACUUGUAAUUACGAGCGAGAUUCUAAAUGUUGAUUCUGAAUAUAACUGUAACUUCAUUUUUUCUAACUUAAUACAAAGUGAACAGACUAGUUGAAUUUUACAGAACUCCUACAUCCUUAUGUGUAAAGAUUUAACCAGAAAAAAAACAAAGACAAUAAGAUGAAAUUAUUCUGUGGGAAACAUUUGGUUAUUUUGUCUGUAAAUAAAGAAGACGCAGGUGUUCUGUGAAUCCAGCACUGACUCAUGAUAAAAAGAAGAUAAUGAACUCUGUACUGUAGCAGUGUGUAAAUAAAUAUUAGGCUUAAACCACAGUUACCUGGGAGAUAUUUGGUAAGUGUUUAUAUUAAAGGAGCUUCAUUUGGCAGGAAGUUUCCUGUAGAGACAUCCUUAACGUGCUACAAUGUUCAGGGAAAUCUGAGACGAUCAUUCUUAAAUUGUAUUUCGGUGUUGACAAACUUUGAUGCAUGUUCAGCUUUCCCACCAAAAGGAGACUCUUGAGGUGCCCAUGUUUAAAAUAAAGACUUCACACAAAUAUCUGACCAGGAACAGAAAACAAGGGGAGAGGCCUGAGGAAAAGAGGAAGUGUCCUUUUUCUAAGAGGGAGAAGAAAUAUUAAAAGUCUGUAUACAAAAACACCAUGUGGUUAAUUCAUGUAUGGAAGGGUAGAGUGUAAUAUUUAUAUACAUAAAUACAGUUCAAACAAUAUUUUAACAUCUCCAUUUUUAUUGAAAUUUGUACAAAUCAAGUCACCUUGUCAUUGAACCUCCUCUGUGAGUACAAACUGAUCACUUCCUGUUUAGAAAUCCAGAAAAACGAGCAUCGUGAAAUUAAUUACACAUUAUUUUGUCCCCAGCGUCACUCAUUCUAGCGGAUAGAUUAGUUAGACUCCGUUACUGUACAUCUCUAGUGGACCGACUAAAGCUGCAGUGUCAUUUUAAACGCUGAUGAAACAUUUUCAAUUCCUGCUCAUUUGAGGAGUCACUUCCCUGUUGUGAAAUCGCCUCAUCACUCCCUCAACGGCACAUCUGAGUAGUCCACUUUAGAUUCAAACAUUAGAGCUGUUAAUUAAAGUGGAGGACCACUGACUACCACCAUGCUUCUGCUUCUUUAUUGUCCUCUUCUGGCUCUUUUUCUUCCUGAAUUAUAUCAAAGAAAAACAUGGAUGAAUAAAGCUCGUUCAUCAACUGUGUUCUCGAUUUUUGUUCAAGAUGAUAUGUUGAUAUAUUUUUUUU